GUCUUGCAAACUUCCACUCAUCAAGUGCCCUGCAUCAACAGGAAUCAACCGACAUUCUAGGCAAGAAAUAAAACUCUUGAUCCUGCUUCCUACUCGCCAAAUUCAUUGCGGGUUCUGAUCAAGCAUCGAGGUACAUCACGCACCGCAGCCAUGCUUGGCAAACGGAAAAGAUUCGAGGACUUGGACGAUGCUAUUCAGUCCAGGAACAUCAAGUUCAUUAUCGGUCCAGAGAAGAAGGAAUACACCGUCUACGAAUCCAGCUUCACGGCCUUGUCGCCUCCCCUACGCGCACUUCUUACAGGAGUCUUUCAGGAGUCCCAUGAGGGCAAGGUCAAUAGCAGUGAUUACUCACUGCGCGAUUUUCCAACCAUGGCCGCAAAAGUAGCGAUCGAUGACGAGAGUGAUGCAGAUAUCCAAAAUAUAACAGCGACGACGCAAGACACGACCAACGCAAAGUCUCGAAGAUCACUGGGAGAUUACAUUAAAAUCCCAACCAAUUCUCACAUGGGCUCGCAGCAACACUUUGCCAAGCAGGCUUUCUCUCCAUACACGAACCCCGGGCGAGAACAAAUCAAUGCUGGAGCUAGCCACCCGAAUCUCGUCGGCGUCGAAAAUCUGAAAGACGCUGCUAGAAGUGUGGAACACCUGGAAGAGAUAUUCUCACAACAUCAAAGUCUCUACCUACUCGCUGAAAAGUACACCAUUGACGAUCUCAAGCAACUUUGCUUGGACAAAAUUGGUCACUUCUUGGUGCAUUACCCCAGAACAACGGAGCUGAGGCGCGUUGUUUCAAGAUUCGUCUCCACCUAUGAAAAGACGCUUCCUGGAGACAGAUUACCGAGGCUGUUUAUGAAUUACUGCAUCGCAAACAUGAUGUGGUUCAGUGGCAAUGGCUUCAAUAAUAUGGUCAAACGCACCCCGGAACUCGCCGUCGAUCUGUUUUGCGGGAUACCCCAGUCAUACUGGAAGGAAUUAAGGGAUGCAUUCUUCUUUGAUUAAAGUGGGCAACGGAUUUCCCCAAUUUCUUUACACGAGAAUUGUUAUCAAUCCGAUGAUUAGAGGCAUUUUUGGCAAAGUGCAAGUCGAGGUGAUAGUCUUCUACCAAGGAGAUGCACAAGUCGAUCAUCAGAAUAGUUUCUCAUCAUGGAAGGAUUGGAAC